CUCCCAACUCAUCGUAUUCAUAUUUCACCAUACAGCGAAAUCGUUCUCAUACAGUACCCACACAUGUAUUCACUACUGACGACAGGCAGUGCCGUUUAGUUUAUAAGCUGCUUCUCGCCUCGCCACACAGCAAGUAACGUUCAUUAUGACCGAAUACGAUGCUGAUGAAUUAAACGCGCCAGUUUGGCUUAAUGAUCAUUUUUUCGAACAAGCUUUACAAAGUUCUGAAAAUGAUUCGUCUAUUAAGAUUGUCGAAGGAUAUGAACUACGGCCUGCUACAAAAGGUGGAGACCACUAUGCCAGUAUUAUGUUCCGCACCACCAUACGGUACCAUUCAAACCAGAAGUCCGAAGAGCAGAGGAUAAACCUUGUGAUCAAAGCUAAACCGACAGCUGACGGAUUUAGGAAGGAGCUCACGAAAGAUAAUGGCCUGUUUAAAACGGAGAUUAAAAUGUACAGUGAAGUUUUGCCGGCAAUGACUAAAUUAUUGACAGACGUGGAUGAGCAUUUGGAAACUCCAAGAUUGAUAUAUGCUGCUCUAGAUCCAAAUGUGGUUAUCGUAUUAGAAGACAUUUCGCCUAAAGGAUGGCUUCCCGGACGUGAAUGCGUUGAAAGUUUUGAAGAGGCCCUCUACACGGCGCGGAAUAUAGCGAAAUUUCAUGCCACGUCAUUGCAUCUUCAGCAAACGAGCAUUGAUUUAACAAACUUCAAUGUAACAGACUUCGUGAGUACCGGGCCCGUUUUAGCUAUUUUUAGCAGGGGGUUCGAUGAGUUUUGUACUGGGAUUGAAUCGUGGCCAGGAUGUGAAGUGUACACUGAUAAGCUGAAAAAACUCAACGGUUCUCUCCAGCAACGGUGGCAACAAGUUUACGUAGCAAAUCCUCCAUCGAUAGGCUACAAUGUACUUAACCAUGCCGAUUUCCAGUGGAAAAAUCUGAUGCACAAAAGAAACUCAGACGGUCGCAUCGUAGAUUCUAUGCUCAUUGAUUAUCAAUGCUGCCAUUGGGGAUCACCAGCCAUCGAUGUUUUGUCUCUAAUUGAUUGCAUUGUAGAUAAUGGCACUAAGACAGCGCAUCGGAACGAAAUUAUCUUUGAGUACCACCAGCACUUCGCAAUGAUAUUGAACAAAAUCGGAUUCUUAGGAAAAAUUCCAAGUCUUUUGGACUUGCAGAUUGAAUUACUACGCAAAGGGUUCCAUGAAUUGGUGCAAUCCGCUGUUAUGGAAUCGUUCAAGCAUGUGCAACUCACUGAGUCCACUUUUGAUGAAUAUAAUGCAGGAGAAUUUGGAGUAAACCCAUGCUUCCAGAAUAAGACUUUUCAGCGUAUUAUACGUGCAGAAUUGGCAUCAUUGAUGCAUCGGGGACUGUUAGAUUGAAAAUAAAAUGCGAUACGCUUCCAGAAAAUGCCCAAAGACUUUUU